GCCCUAAAACCCAAAGUCUCUAUAUUUUGUUCUCACUGAAUUCUUAACUUGAAAAACAGCUACGGUUUCGGAGGUUGACAGGUGAGAACAAUGGGUAGCACCGCCGCAAGCGGCGUUGUUGACAAGGGGGUUGAUUUCGCCAACUAUUUCUGUACAUACGGUUUCCUCUACCACCAAAAGGAGAUGCUGUCCGACCGCGUUCGGAUGGACGCUUACUUCAAUGCCAUUUUUGAGAAUAAACACCACUUCCAAGGAAAGACUGUUCUAGAUGUAGGAACGGGGAGCGGAAUUCUAGCUAUAUGGUCUGCACAGGCAGGUGCGAGGAAAGUGUAUGCGGUCGAAGCCACAAAGAUGGCGGAACAUGCAUUGGAACUUGUUAAAGCGAACAAGCUUCAGAAUGUAGUUGAAGUGAUAGAGGGAUCAAUGGAAGAUGUUACCCUGCCAGAAAAAGUUGAUGUAAUUAUUUCAGAAUGGAUGGGAUACUUCCUUCUGCGCGAAUCAAUGUUGGACUCUGUAAUCUGUGCCCGGGACCGCUGGCUGAAACCAAAUGGAGUCAUGUAUCCAAGUCAUGCUCGAAUGUGGAUGGCACCUAUCAGGUCUGGUUUGGUGGAUCAGAAAAUGAGUGAUUAUGAAGGAGCCAUGGAGGACUGGCGUAGUUUUGUUGAUGAGACCAAAACUUUUUACGGUGUCGACAUGAGUGUUCUGACAAAUCCAUUUACUGAAGAACAAAAAAAAUACUAUUUGCAGACAUCGCUCUGGAACAACCUUCAUCCAGAUCAGGUUAUUGGCACGUGUAUGGUGGUUAAGGAGAUAGACUGCUUGACGACUACUGUAAAUGAUAUACGUAAUGUUCAUGCAAGCAUCUCGUCAUCCAUUACAGAAGAAAACAUGAGAUUCUGCGGGUUUGGUGGAUGGUUUGAUGUCCAUUUUCGAGGUAGCAAUAAGAAUCCAGCUCAACAUGAAAUUGAGUUGACAACUGCCCCCAGUGAAGAUUAUGGUACACAUUGGGGCCAGCAGGUGUUCCUCCUACAUCCGCCUUUACGCGUUCAACGCGGUGAUGAUUUGAUACUUCAAUUUUCAAUGAGUCGCUCCAAGGAUAAUCAUCGGCUGAUGGAAGUAGACCUUAGCUGUGAGAUGAGACAGUCAGGAAAGUCGCUCCCCGCAUUUCAAAAGAAGUUCUUCAUAGAGUGAGCCUGGGUUCUACUAAACUCUUGCUUAUGCAAAAUGAUCUGCGCUGGAAUGCUAUUAGUUCAGAUCAGCUGCUCAUGACUUCCAAGUUUUGCAAGGUCCUUGUUUACCAUUUUUCAGCCUGGCAAUGUGUGGCUAUUUUGUCUGUAAACCUCACUAAUGGAGACCUUCCUAAUGAGAUGCUGGAUUUAAUUUUGGGGUAAUUACACUGACACCCUGGAGUAUAGUGAAAUAUGUAAACCACCCCGUCAUCUUUCA